CUGAUUACGUCACAUCCUGCCGUUUGCAGCUUGUACUUCCGGAAGGUGGGGCUUUUGUUGCGGGAGCGGUUUGUAUAUGUAGACCAAUGCCUCUGUGUUCGCUGUUAACGCGCUCAGCAAGAUAGCGGCAGCCUCGGGCAGACAAGCGGAUCGUGCUUCGGUCGUGAGUGUGUGUGUGUGUGUGUGUGUGUACCUGUGCACAUGUGUUUGAGUGUUUAAGAGAGGCACAAAGAAGAAUCCAGUGAUGGCUGCCAAUAAGGGUAAAAACCAGAGCUCUCUGGUGCUGCACAAGCUGAUAAUGGUGGGCAGCGGCGGCGUGGGAAAGUCAGCCCUCACCCUGCAGUUCAUGUACGAUGAGUUUGUGGAGGACUACGAGCCCACCAAAGCAGACAGCUACAGGAAAAAGGUGGUUCUGGACGGGGAGGAGGCUCAGAUCGACAUCCUGGACACCGCCGGGCAGGAGGACUAUGCUGCUAUCAGGGACAACUACUUUCGCAGCGGGGAGGGCUUCCUGUUGGUCUUCUCCAUCACAGAGCCCGAGUCCUUCGCUGCCACUGCUGAGUUCAGGGAGCAGAUCUUGCGGGUGAAGGCAGAAGAGGACAAGAUCCCGCUCCUGCUGGUGGGGAACAAGUCGGACCUGGAGGAGCGUCGGCAGGUGCCCGUGGACGAGGCCCGCGGGAAGGCCGAGGCGUGGGGCGUCCAGUACGUGGAGACGUCAGCAAAAACCAGAGCCAACGUUGACAAGGUGUUCUUUGACCUGAUGCGUGAAGUGCGAGGCAAGAAAAUGUCUGAAAACAAAGACAAGAACGGGAAAGGGAAGAACAAGAAGAACAAGAAGAGCUUCAGGGAGAGAUGCUGUUUACUUUGAGCUCCUCGUGGACCUGAAAUCACAAAGCUCCACAGAACAGAGGAGCAGAGCUCAGCGUCUUUGAUCUCAAUGAAUCUGAUUAUUUUUUAUUGA